ACGGAUGGCGGGACGGCGACCGUAAUCACGAGCGGCUGCCUGGGCGAUCCUUCUCUGUGUCCCUGUCCCCUCCCCAUGACUCACUGGGUCAGCUCCCGAAUCUCUCGGGAUCAUGCCCGGACAUGUCGGGCCGUAGGCGGCAGAGGCGUUAAGCCCGGACUUGUCCUUGGAGAAGUAAACAGGCGGCGCUAUUUAAACCAGCCCAUACUCCAUUUUGAAGGGGCUUGUGGAGUAGUUUCUGCCUUCUCGGCCUCGGCGUGUAUCUCGGGUGAGCCACCAGAGAGAAUGAAGCUGCGGGGCAGCGGAAUUCAGCCGUCCAGACAAAUGUGUAAUACUAAGAUGGCCUCCUCCGUCGAUGAGCCCGCUGCGGGUACAUCCGGCAUCGGCCAGACGGAUCAAGAAGCGCUGGUGAAACCCAAACCACUGUUGUUAAAACUUUUAAAGUUUGCUGGCGCACAAAAAGAUACCUUUACUAUGAAGGAGGUAAUAUUCUACAUUGGUCAGUAUAUUAUGUCUAAACAUCUCUAUGAUGAAAAGCAACAACAUAUUGUCCAUUGUGCAAAUGAUCUUCUGGGUGAUCUUUUUGGAGUCCAGAGUUUUUCUGUAAAAGAGCACAGGCAAUUAUAUUUGAUGAUUUCCAAAAACCUAACAGCCAAUCAGCAAGACUCUAGUAAUGUUAACACAUCUUCGAAUCAGUCCAGGUCCCUGCUAGAAAACGGAAAUGCUAUAAAGGAAUCAAUGCAAGAGUCAUGUGAAGCAUCGACUUCUAGAAGGAGGGUACGUAGUGAAACUGAAGGAAAUGUUUUAGAAGACCCUAGUGAUGAAAGACAAAGAAAACGGCACAAAUCAGACAGCAUUUCUCUUACAUUUGAUGAAAGCCUCUCAUGGUGUGUAGUGAGUGGGUUAUACCGUGAUAGAAGCAACAGUGGCAGUUCCUCGGGCUCUGUAUCAAUUCCAGAUGAUAAUAAUGCCAAUUCAUUAAGUGGAAAUUCUGAUUGGUUAGACCAGGAAUCCAUUUCAGAUCAGUUUAGUGUUGAAUUUGAAGUUGAAUCAAUCUGUUCAGAAGACUACAGCCCUAAUGAAGAUGUACAAGAACUUACUGAUGAGGAUGAUGAGAUAUAUCAAGUAACCAUAUAUCAGACUGAAGACAGUGAUAUGGAUUCAUUUGAUGAUGAUCCUGAAAUUUCACUAGCUGAUUAUUGGAAAUGCUCAAACUGCAAUGAAAUGAACCCACCCCUUCCUCGCCAUUGCCCCAGAUGCUGGGCUCUUCGGGAGAACUGGCUCCCUGAUAAGAAAAGUAAGAAGCCUCAAGAGAAUAAGUAUGAAGAUGCUGCACUGCUAGAUCCUGAAGAGGGUGUUGAUGUUCCAGACUGCAGGAAAGGAAAAAUAGAUGAAGGUAAAGAAGUGGAUGAAGCAGAACAGACCUCUGAAUCUCAGGAAAGUGAAGAAUACUCACAGCCAUCGACAUCUAGCAGUAUGCUUUGCAGCAGUCAAGAAGACUUGAAAGAGCCUGAGAAAGAAGAGAAUGAAGAUAAGGAUAGUGGCACAGAUUCAAACCUUCCUCUAUCCAGCAUAGAUCCUUGUGUCAUAUGCCAAAGUCAACCUAAAAAUGGUUGCAUCGUACAUGGAAGGACAGGACAUCUCAUGUCAUGUUAUUCAUGUGCGAAAAAACUGAAGAAACGCAGUAAACCCUGUCCAGUCUGCAGGCAGCCAAUAGAGAUGAUUGUGCGGACUUACUUCUGUUAGUUGAUGUGCAGGAAUAACUCUGUAACCUUGUAAAAGAUAUCUGAAGACUGGUAAUUAAGAGGAAAUUUAUUUAAAAGAAAAGAUUAUUUUGAAUGUUUACAGAAGAGUUUUUAUAUCUUAAUUUUUUCUCCUUUGUAAAAUUAACAGUAUUUGCACUGAAAUUGAUGGUCUCUUGAAAACCUAAACUUUUCGUGGAUUGGGACCAUUAUCCUCUGCAAUUCUAUAUAUCUAUACUUAAGAACUUGUUAACAAAAGAGUGCUCGUCAAGAGAUCCCUCAUUAACAGUUCUUAGUUCAGUGUAGAUCAAAAUUGCAGAUCAGAUGUUUUCUGUAAAUUAUAUAUAUUUCAAGAACUCACAAACUCUAGACUACAACCUUUUUCUAACAAAAGUUGUAUUUGCUUCCUUCGGGGGAGGGCGGUAUAUAAAUUAAAUAUCUAAUCUAAAUCUAAUUACAUAUGGUUUUCUAGUCCUAAUUAAAAAAUAACUCCGCAGAAAGGCCUGAGAAGGAAUGGAGGGAAGGAACUCAAUGCUGUCUGGAAAGGGAAGGUCUCUGCCCUUUCCUCCAAUCCCGGGUGCAAAAGACUAAUCUUCCGCCUUAUGUGUUGCGGCUGCUGCCAAUUGCAGGCUGUCCAGGCAGGUGGUUUAGUGUACAUGCAAAUUUGUUUAAUUGAUGUAUAAUGAAAGAGGUGGGUCUUAGCUUCAGCCACCUUUUGGUUGGCUGGUUAACUACAACGGCAAGCUGCAGUUUCUCCCUGGUAAACUGCCCAGAUCCUAUGGCUAAGACUUGAAGGGGAAAUUUGCUGUGGGAAGAGGUAGGGUUUCUAGCUAAUCACAGCCUGUUAAAUGAUAGAUUUUCCUUGCUACAUCUACACUUGGCCUUCUUUGAAAAGCAUAGGCCCUUUUACAGAUCCCCCCAGCCUGAGGCAAUUCAGAAUUGUUCUGAUAUCAUGAGAAGAAAGAACAUGACCUGGUAUGGAUAACUUUGAAUUUAAUUUUGAAUUAUACCCACUCUGCAUUUUUCUGGUAAAAUUAUAUGGAAUUAUUAAACUGAAAAUUAUUGCUCA